AUGAACGCCUUCCUCAUCAGGGACAGCCAGGUAAGGAUGAUGGAGAACAUGGUGACCAAUGCUGAGAAGUACUUUGGCCAGUUCUGCUCGCUGCUGGCUGCCUACACCCACAAGAUGGCCCGGCUGCGGGACAAGGCCGACCAGCUGGUCAAACAGCUCAUCGACUUCGCCAACACCGAGAACCCCGAGCUGCGGGCCACCCUGAGGAAUUUUGCCGAGGACCUGGCCAAAGUGCAGGAUUACCGGCAGGCCGAGGUUGAGAGGCUGGAGAUCAAGGUCAUUAGCCCCCUGAAAUUCUAUGGGGCGCAGAUAAAGCAGACCCGGGCUGAGAUCAAAAAGUUCAGACAUGUCCGAAAUAAUGAGAUCAAGCAACUGGAAAAGCUAGAGAAACUGAGGCAGAAGUCACCCUCGGAUCGGCAGAUGAUCUCCCAGGCAGAGACAAGUGUACAGAGGGCCUCGGUGGAUGCCAGCCGCACCACGCAGCAGCUGGAGGAGACGAUCGAUGGCUUCCAGAAGCAGAAGCUGAAGGACCUUCAGAAAAUUUUUUUGGACUUUGUAACCAUUGAGAUGGUCUUCCAUGCCAAAGCAGUGGAGGUGUAUUCCAGCGCCUUCCAGACCCUGGAGAACUAUGACCUGGAGCAAGAUCUAGAGGAUUUCAGAGCCAAGAUGCAUGGAGUUUAUGGGCAUUACAAUGCUCGGCCACUCACCAACACCAACACCUCUUCUUCUGUCCUGUGGGGUCUCACAAGCCAGAGUGCUCAGAGCACCAUCCAGAGUCAGAGGAAAGAAGAGGAGGCGAGUGAGGAUGGGUCUGUGGAGGAGGAUGUGGUGGAGGAUCUCAGGGGGCAGGGGCAGGGGCAAGGACUCCAUAAGACAAAAAACCCUGCUUCUCCUGGGGAGCUGCGGAACUUUCUUGGCUUCAAAAAGAAGCCGCCGGCUGACGAAGCACUUCUCACAUGGCUGACGCCGCAUGAAUCCUGUGAUGUCCCCAGCCGGGCUCUCGCUCAAACGGUCCUUUAG